AAAGGAUUUUAAAAACAAAAACAACGAAAAUUUAAGGAAAAUUUCUCAAAAAUUUUUAAAACUGUGGAAUAAUAUUCAAACAAAAUGAUAUUUGAUCGUUAUGCCGUCUCAGGCAGCACAGUUGACGACUACGAAUUCGGUGGUGCAUUCAAACAAUAUCCCAAUAAUUUGGCCUCACCCGAUUCCACAAAUACUUUACGUUUGUCCACCAAUACCAACGAUAUUAACAGUUAUCAUAAUACACAAACACAUCAUCAGCAUCAACAUCAUCAGCAGCAGCAGCGUCUUAACGGUUAUAGUCAAAGUAAUUCACCUACUAGUCGUUCAUUGGGCGGUCUUAUUGAUUCUACAACAUUUACGAAUACAUUAUCGCAUACACCAGCCCAUAUGGAACAUUUAUUUAGUAGUAAACUACAAGCUGAAAGGCUUUUACUAGAAUUGACACGUUUUCAAGAAACUAUCUGUGAUUUAAAAUCAAGCGAAAAUGGCAUUGGUUCUGGUUCUGGUCCGGGAGGCAGUGCUGGUGUUAUAGCUAAACAGCAUUUAAGAAGAGGCACACGUUUUGGCCCGUUUGCUAUGACGGAAACAACGGAGAAAUCAAAUGCUUGGGAUAUCUUACCCAUCUCCCAUAUACGCAGCCUAUUAGAACCCUCACCCGAAGUUAAGCUGUUAUUAAAGAAAAUCCGUACCUCCUCCAAUUUGGAAGGUGAAAAAGAGGCUAAUUUUAAUCAUUUUUAUGUAGCGGGUUGUCUUUGGUAUGAAUCAAAUCGUGAUAUAGAGGCUGGUGAAGAGAUAAUAAUCGAUGGUCGACCCAAAGCCCUUUAUGAUCAACAGGAUUUAUUGACCAAUGGUGAAAUGCAUAAUGGUUCCUCAAUACAUAGCAGUGAUGAUAGAAGUGAACGUGAUAAUGCCUCAUUUUAUGGUUCGAACCUAAAUCGUGAAGAGGAUUAUAAAAAAGACAAAUCAUCGGAUCAAAUAAAAAGUGAACUAAGUGAUGAUGAAAACGGUUUUGAUAUACGCUGUGAAGUCUGCGAUAAAGUGUUUAUAGAACUAGAAGGACUUGAUGAUCAUUUGGUGGGAGCUCAUCAUUUUCGUAAAGACGAAUUUUUCUGUGAAUUGUGUUCUCAAAGAUUCUGUCAUCGGCCUUUGCUAUUGAAACAUAGAGCUUUGCAACACAACGAAAUAAGAAAAUAUCCCUGUGAAAAUUGUACCAAGGUAUUUUGUGAUCCAUCGAAUUUACAGCGACAUAUUCGUAACCACCACAUUGGAGCCAGAAGUCACGCUUGCCCUGAGUGCGGUAAAACAUUUGCUACCUCAUCAGGUCUUAAGCAGCACACGCACAUACACUCCUCCGUUAAACCCUUUCAGUGUGAGGUGUGUUUUAAAGCCUAUACACAGUUCUCGAAUUUGUGCCGACACAGGCGCAUGCAUGCCGAUUGUCGCAUGCAGAUAAAGUGUAGCAAGUGUGGUCAAAGUUUUAGCACCGUUACUUCUUUGUCGAAACAUAAACGAUUUUGUGAUUCUACCAACGUACCACCGGCGGGAGUAGGUUUACCUCCCAGUUUACAGCAUUCUUUGCAUCAUCAAGCUCAGUCACAGACGCCCACACAAACUAGAUCAGCUGGUGGUGUAAACGGUGCUUUACCCAACAAUAUGACUACACCACCGAAUCCCUUUUUAUUCUGGCGUUCUACCUUCUUUCCGGCUUUUCCUCCAGCCGCUGCUGCCUUUGGUCUACAGGGUAUGUUUCCUCAGGCGCCCGCUGCCACUCAAACCUCCAGUUUUUCACCCAUGUUCUCCAAACCAACGGUAGACUUUAAACUGCAACAAAUUAGAUCCCAAUCUUCGGUUAAUACACUCAAUCACAAUAACAAUAAUCAUAAAGUCCACCCCUUGCCGCUUAAUUCUCCCAAAGAGGAUUUGCCGGCAACAGCUAAUCAGGAAGCAUUUGGUUUAUACUUUAACAAAUUCGAAAUGGAACAGCAGAAAAUUAAGCAAGAAAUGGAACAAAAAGUUAAACGUGAAAGAACCUCUGCUGACAAUUUUAUAAGAAAUCACCAGAGAAAUGACUCACAGCGUUAUACCUCCGAUGAGGAGUCUCUGGAGGCCAAGGAAAGAACUAUUAAACAUGAAGCGAAAAAAGAAACUGAGCUGAAAUUGAAAAAAGAAGAUGAGGAAGAGGCUGGUUUGAAGAUAAAUGAUGAUGAUAAGAAAUCCAUUGAUAUUGUUUCGGUUUCUCCGCAUCAUGAGCCGGAAGCUAAAAGCUCCUAUACAGAACUGCCUUUGGAUUUGAGUGUUUCACGCAAAAGAAGCAGUAUUGACUCAAAUUUUAGUCAACAAUCGGCGGAACAGAAGUCUACACGUGGUGAUAAUGAUAACAACUCUAGUAUAAAUAUAAGAGAAAUCAGUCCCAUUGCCCAUGAGGAACUAAGCAAUGCUGACAGUUAUGAGCAGACGGCAAAAAAAACCCAGAAUUUUAAUUCCUCGGUUAACAGCAGUCGUACACCAACAGCCUCACCAGGACCCACACCUUCACCCUCACCACCCUGCAAUGUCAGCAGUACUGCGGCAACACAUGAAAAUACUUCAGCCUCUCUGCCCACUUGCCCCCGGCCCAUACAUCCCAUGCUGCUGGAUGAAAUCUAUCGCACACAUGCAUUGGAAUCCACCUUUCCACGUCCGUUCCCUUUUUUAGGACUAAUGGGCGAACGGCCGUCUCUCGAGGCCAAUGCAUUACGCGCUAGAGAAGAGCAAUUUGUAGCCGAACCCAUGUUUCAUAAGGCCUUGAGAGGGCUGUCGGCGGGUGCUCUACAAGUGGCCCAAUCGGGUAAAUUAAAAGAUCGUUAUACUUGCAAGUUCUGUGGCAAAGUUUUUCCCCGAUCUGCCAACUUAACACGGCACUUAAGAACCCAUACCGGUGAACAACCCUAUACCUGUAAAUAUUGUGAUCGUGCUUUCAGCAUUUCCUCUAAUCUACAAAGACAUGUACGCAAUAUACACAAUAAAGAAAGACCCUUUAGAUGUCAUUUAUGUGAUCGUUGCUUUGGCCAACAAACUAAUUUGGAUAGACAUCUAAAGAAACAUGAAUCGGAUACCACAGGCUUAGGUUUAGCCAUCAGCGAUUCACCCAGUUCGAAUGAGGCCGAUCGUGAAGAUUCAUAUUUUGAUGAAAUACGCAAUUUUAUGGAUCGUGUUACCUACAAUGAGGAUUUAUACACGCCCUCUAGUAUAGGCAAUGCUGAAAAUGAUACCGACUACAAUGCCAGCGAUAAUGAUAAUGAACUAUCGGUUUCUAGGCCCUCAUCGGCUGAUUUAACUAAUGAACAGCAUAAAGUUUCAGAGGCUAAUGAAAUCUUAGAGGAUGAUUAAUAAAUUUAUAUUUAAACUCCCCCCCAAAAACAAAUGCUAACUCAAAAAAUUUUGAACAAACAAAAACUUUCAUUGUUUACUUUUUGCUACCUUUCUCUCUCUCUUUCUCUUUGUAAAAUGUACAGUUAAUAUUUACUACAAAAAAAAAACAAGAUUUUUUUUUCAAAUAUUAAACAUAUAGU